GAUGACUAAAGUUUGUGUUUUCUUCAUUUUUCCUCUGCGUACACUUCAAGCACGGUGAGCUUCACUCACUCCGCCAGCCCUCUCUUCCGACCACCGACCGCCACCUCCUGCCUCCGAUCACCAUCAUAAUGGCUUCGUACUUGUAUCUGCUCGCUGUCUUCCUCCUCUUCAAAACAGAUUAUAAAUAGUAACAUUUCGCGUUCCCAUUUUUUUCUUUUGAUUUUAAGUUUUAACUUCAAUGGUCAGUUUUCUUGGAUGACUUUGAGGUAGUUUUCGUGCCGGAGAGGUGCGUUUUGCUUGUUUCAGAUCAUGGGAGCCAACUGGUUUCCCUGAUUAAUCUCAAGGCAGAGGCUUGUGUUAUAGGUUCUCAUUCUGGUGAGAUUGUAUGUCUUCUAUGUGUCUAGGGUUUUCAAGAUGCAAAACCAGUGAUGCAUGGUGAAAAAACUGAAAAGAACCGUCUUAAGACACAUACUAAAAAUGUUUUGGUCAUGUGAUCCUUUUUGUGUCAGUAUUAGGGACAAGCCGUAGUUUACCUAAUACGAUUUUUUACUAAAAUUUGUCUCCUUUAACGGUAUUAUAUGUAGUCUCUUUGGCUGUUUGCAUUUUGUUCUCGAGGCAGGAAGAAGUGAGCUAUCUCAGCAUGUUUCUAGCUGGCAUUUAGAUGGAAAAUGGUUUUUGUUUCUGUUUGUGUCUUUUUGAUUUGUUUGAGUUUAAGUUUAGUCAGUUCUAUCUUCCGUAACGCAUUGGAGUAAGGAUUGUGAUGAACAUUUACUUCUGAUGCUUAUGCUCUAUCCCUAGUUGCAAUAUUGACUUUCUAAAUUUUUUGUCAUUGCAACAUGGACUCUUCAUUUUUCACAUUCUAAUGCAACAUGAGAAAGGAAAAGACUGAAAUUGGAAGUUUGGGACACCUUCUUAUAUAAGUGUUUUCUGACUAUUCUGAUACAGGGAUACUUCACUAUCCUAUAUGAUGCAAACUCAUAAUGUUUCUUACCGAUAAAUGUGGCCAUAAAAACAUUCCUAAAAAAAUGGAAUGCACAUGAGGAGGGGCAAAAAUACAUUUUACUGUCUAAUUUCUGCAUUAAAUACACUUCAGUUCAUAAAUACUUGCUAUUACCUGCAUCUUUAUCCAUCUACUAUUUCCAGAAGCAAGUCUUUUGCUGAUGUAGAGCUCAUUAUAUUGUUGAAAAUUAUUCUAGCAUUUUCUGACUACAAUUUUUAGCUAUGUUAGAUCGCAACCUGAGGAAUUACAUUAAUUUAUUUUCAUCUUAUCAGCACUGGGAGCAGUGACAACUUGGAGUGUAGCACUGUUACUUUCAUGUAUAUUAGGCAUAAUCAUUGGGAUGGCAAUCCGCCCUUAUGUCAUCCCUCACAUAAUUAACAGAUCAAUUACUUACACCUUUCCUAACCAUGUUUUGUUGACAGCAAGGCAGCAGCCUAGUGCAAUUGUGCAUGACAUGGAAGCAUUGCCUAAUCAAUCUGGGAAACGAGCACUGAUUCCUUCUCCACAGACACCACUGCAGAUGAUGCACAAGGCUGAAAAGAAGAAUGAAGUGGGUAAAGUGACAGAUGAGGAGGAGGCAAAGCAAAGGCAGUUAAAAGCAAUUUUGAACAAACUGACUCCUCAAAACUCCUCAAAACUCUUUGAACAAGUGAAAGCUGUGAACAUUAACAAUGCCAUCACCCUCACUGGUUUCAUCUUUCAGAUCUCUGACAAAGCUCUGAUGGAGCCUACUUUUUGUGAAAUGUAUGCAAACUUUUGUUAUCAUCUUGCUGGAGCACUGCCUGAUUUUAUUGAAGACAAUGAGAAGAUAACUUUCAAGAGAUUGCUGAUUAACAAGUGUCAGAUGGAAUUUGAGAAAGGGGAGAGGGAACAAGAGGAAGCAAAUAAAGUUGAACAGGGUGAAGCCAAACAGUCUGAGGAGGAAACAGAGGAGAAGAGAAUCAAGGCAAGAAGACGUAUGUUGGGUUACUUUAGACUCAUUGGGGAGUUGUACAAGAAGAAAAUAUUGUGUGAAAGAAUUAUGCAUGAAUGCAUCACAAAGUUACUGGGUCAGCAUCAGAAUCCUGAUGAGGAAGAUGUCGAGGCUUUGUGCACAUUGAUGAGCACAAUUGGAGAGAUGAUUGACCGUCCCAAAGCAAAGGAGCGUAUGGAUUCAUAUUUUGACAUGAUGGCAAAGUUAUCAAAUAAUAUGAAACUAUCUUCUAGAGUUAGGUUCAUGUUGAAGGAUGCAAUUGAUCUGAGAAAGAACAAAUGGCAGCAGAGGAGGAAAGUUGAGGGGCCAAAGGAGAUUGAGGAAGUGCAAAGAGUUGCUGCUCAAGAACGACAGGCCCAAGCUGGUAGGCUUGGUUGUGGCCCAGGAAUCAAUCCUGUGGCAAGAAGGGCACCCAUGGAUUUUGGUCCAAGAGGGUCUACUAUGUUAUCUUCCCCUGGUGCACAGAUGGGUAGUUUUCAUGGAUUGCCCUCCCAGACUCAUGGUUUUUGGGGUCAGGAUGUUCGCAUGGAGGAUAGACAGUCUUUUGAGGCUUGGACUUUGUUAGUCCCCUUGUCUCAAAGAUUAAGUGCUGAUGAUUCAGUUACUUUAGGCCCCCAAGGUGGCCUUGCCAGGUCCUUUAGAGGGCCACAAGCAAUGCAAAGCAAUCCCAUAUCUGAUAUUUCUGCCUCUCCUGGAAACUCAAGAAGAGCAUCAGCUGGUCUGAAUGGGUUUAAUUCUGAAUCAGAGCGGACAACUUUUGGCUCUAGGGAGGAUCUUGUUCCAAGAUAUACUCUGGAUAGAUUUCCAGGGCCAGCUGCUUAUGACCAAUUGAGUUCCCAAGAACGCAAUAUGAGUUAUGGUAAUAGAGACCCCAGGAAUCCAGAUCAUAAUUUUGAUAGACCUCUUGCAGCUUCACCAUCUGCACGAGGCCAAGCACCAGGUUUGUCUCAAAAUAUCCCUCAAGAAAAAGUGUGGUCUGAAGAAUGCCUCCGGGAUAUGUCCAUGGCAGCAGUUAAAGAGUUUUACAGUGCAAGAGAUGAGAAAGAAGUAGCACUCUGCAUCAGAGAUUUGAAUUCUCCAAGUUUCCACCCAUCAAUGAUUGCACUUUGGGUAUCCGACUCUUUUGAGAGGAAGGACCUGGAAAGGGAUCUGUUAGCUAUGCUGCUUGUCAAUCUUACAAAGCCUCGAGAUAGCAUGCUGAGCCAAGGCCAGCUCAUUAAAGGGUUUGAAUCUGUUCUGGGUACAUUGGAGGACGCUGUUAUUGAUGCUCCUAAAGGUGCUGAAUAUCUUGGUCUUAUCCUGGCCAGAGUAAUUAUGGGUGAUGUUUUAUCCUUGAGGGAGAUUGGCCAGCUAUUACAUGAUGGUGGAGAGGAGGCAGGCCGUCUUCGACAGCUUGGGCUUGCUGGCGAUGUUCUUGGAAGCACCUUGGCGAUGAUUAAAAAAGGGGGAGGAGAAACGGUCUUAAAUGAGAUUCUUAGAAGCUCCAAUUUGCAUUUGGAGGAUUUUCGGCCUCCAGAUCCUUUCAGGUCAAGGAUAUUAGAAAUAUUAAUUAGGGACAUGGUGAUGGACUAUCAGGACUGAUGCUACAUCUUGUGGUUCUCCUUCCAAUGUUUUAAAUACCAUUAUUUAUUGAAAAUAUUUGCUGUAAAUUAAGGAAUGUUCAGCUGUUCGCUUGCCGUAAUAGCUUGAGAGAGUGGUUGGCCUUUCAGAAUCUUGAUUGUGCCCCUCGGCCCAUUGCUGAUAUGUAAAACAGUUUGUGGAUUGGGCUUUUUAAUGUCUAUUAUAUUAGGCGGAUUGGGCUAAAUUUAAA